UUGGGUUUAGUAGUAACUUCGAUCACCCUAGCGAACAUCACCCUAAGAACAUUCAGAGCUCGAGUUCCAAACAAACUCAUCAAUACACCUACCCACGAUAACAUCGAACGUUUUCAUGAGCUCUUGCAGAUACAUAUUUUUAUUCAGUGAUCUGUCUUUGCAGCUAACUAGCAAGAAAUUGUGAGCUUUCUGCCGGUUGGAAGGGCUUAUUUUUUUUACGACUGAAUGCUUUCAGGUACAUAUAUAUAGGGGACGGACGCCGGUAUACACGUGGCUCACAAUCGCAUCGCCUGGCAUUGACACUUUGAUUCAGAACUCUACUUCUAAAGGUUGAAGUUAUAUCAUCAUUACAAUCAUCAUGAAGUCGACAAUAUUACAACUGCUCUUGGUUUUCGUCUCGUAUUCAAGUAUCGUCUCAGCAGUGAAAUUCACAGAUCCACUUGAAGAGUUCUUAAUGAGGGAAAGACUGCGACAACAGGCAGAGGAGGAGGAGGAGCGACAACACCAGAGGAACGUCUUUCAGGAGGUACCAGUAGGAGAUGUCGGCAGUGGGCGCACAACCGACGAAGGACUGGAGACAAGUACAGGAAUCUUCGCCACCACCGAUCUUCAGUCCACGUCAAUGAUGCAGAAGUUGACGACGUCGACGCGCCAUCGUGAGACGCAGAGUCAGUGUUGCGUCUUGGGCGCCACGGCUGGACGAAGUGGGUUCCUCUGCAAUCCUGAGAACUACAGGCCACAGGUUAUCAUGAGGCACGACCCGAACAGACUGGGAAACUUCAAGGUCACCAGAGAAGACAGACAACGCUACAUUGAACUUCGUCAGCACAGUAAAUGCGUCUCAGGAGCCGUGCCGAGGUUGUCUGAGGAAUUCCAGCGCUGCUGUAAACAAGCCUACAUCGACACCCUGGACGAGGAGGUGCUCGGAGCCGCCGACGAGUUCGACAUGCCCAUCAUGCUGGAGCUCCCUCUCCAGAUCGACAUCAUCUCGAAACAGAGGAAGACACCCAGACAUAAAAAUCAUAAAGUGUAGAACUCUAGGAUCCACGAUCGAACUACUUGAGUAAAGCAAUUUGUGAGAACGCCUGCAAGUUGUCGAAAAGCUGCGUUCCUCCGAAGGGCGCCAAGUCUGCAGAACACUCACUGCGCCCCUGCACUUUACAAGGUGUACAUGUACUAAUGUGUGCAGUUUGAACUUUUAGAAGUCGCAAAAUUGCAGUGAUGCAAUGAUUGUACUGUUUUCUAGUAAAACAUGAAGCUGUGUGUGCACUUUUACCAUGCUGUACAAAGACUUGUUAUACCACUCAGUAUUAUUAUUGUAAUAAUUACAUAUUGUAAUGCCUUCUGCGCUAAUCAUGCCUGUGGAGGUUGUUGUUGUUGUUAGGGGUGUGAUUAUGCCUCUUGCUGUGCACUUCACAUGCUGCUGACGCAGUCACUGACGUAAUCCUACGCCAGGCAAAAAUGACACCGCGUGAGCCAGUCGUUGGCGCACUCCUACGUCAGUCAAUUUGAUACCUUUUGUGCAACGGCUUAACAAUGAGGCAGCAGUGAUGGAAUUCCCAAGAUGUUGGUGGUAUUUUUCUCGCCAGACCAAGUUAUGAUAAUAAUUACGAUGAUAAAUUAUGAAGGAAGUUUGUCCCCAUAUCUUUCGUUAUCAAUAAUAUGACCCUACUUGAUCAUUGACAUUAUUAUUAUGUAUAAUUAUUUAUUUUAUGUAAAGUAAACAGCGCAACAAUUAUUUAUCAAUUGAAUCAGAUAUUUAUUCAUUUUUUCCAACAAUAAUAAUCAUAUGAUAUUCAUGAAAUUAGUGAAGGAUUCAUGGAUGAAGAGUGAAUUUUAGUUUCUUGUAAUAAAUUAUAUUUAUUAUCUACCUUUUAUUAUCUACCUUAGUUUACCUCGUUCAUAGUGAAGAUCAUUUUCAAAAAAGGAGCAUUCGUUUAGAUAGUUCAUUUAGAAAUAUGUGGUUUACGACGUCAAAGGUUUCGACACAGGAUAUACCUCUAUAACGUGACCAAAAUGAUUGGUUUAGAAGAGAACGAGUUCAUCAUGACCUCUCAUGACUGCGGGUGAAACGUCGAGCAAAUUAUCCCGUGAUGCUUAAUAAACGCAUUUUACACGAACUAGAUACAUUCCCACACCCCCCCCCCCCCCAAAAAAAAGAUACAUGUACAAAAGUACAAAACUAACUCGCAAACCUAAAGAGAUUUUUUAUUUCUCCACCCCCCCCCCCCCCGAAAUUACAGGUCUGUUUUUGGUAUUAGGUAUUGAAUGCACUGCCCUUAUUAAGGGAUACCAAUGUAUCAGUACCCAUCUAUAUUAAAGAAAAAUAAAUUUUCUUAUAAAUUAUAAACCUAUAGAUCUCGAUGCAAGUUGAGAGUAAAAUCUGUUAUUGAGAGUAUACGUGUUUCACCAGGCAUAAGUUGAAUAAGUCACCAAAACGGGAAGUUGGUUUUGCACUCGGAACCAAUAAUCGAUAUUGCAGUUAAGAUUGCACCCGGUAAAGGAAGCCAUUUAACUUUGAGUCAUUUUCACAUUGUGUCGGGGUUUUUUCUUCAUUGUUUUACCGAUUUAGUUCGUGUCACAUGACGUUGGUCUGCAAUUAAAAUGAGGAAAGGGCGUAACUUUCAUUUUGAUUUCAAGAUAAUAGAUCACAUGGUAUAGUGCGCAUACGAAAUUCGGAUGCAAUGCAAUUGGAAUGUCUAUUUUGGGGGGGUUAAUGCUUGUUUAAUGAACUAAACCAGUCAUUAAUUCGCUUUUUCCAUCUUGUGGUCACCACCAAUGUCAGCACUAUUUGCCGACUAAAACUUUCUCAUUGACCCUAAAAAAAAAAA